AUGGCCGCUGAGCGCGAGGUUCGCUUCCUGUGGGCGCCGGGGGGGAUUUUCCGAGAGCGUUUAGAAUGGAAGUCGCCUGCAAGGUUGGGGUCAGAACUAAUAGAAAAUGAGAGGAUGAUGUUUUACGGGCCUUGCCUCAAACAUCUGAUUAGGCGGCAGCACGAUGUUUCGCUUCUGGUCCAGACGAUCCAUGGCGCCCGACACGGCUCGCUUGGUGCUGCUUUGGGGCUGCGAUAUGCCGCUCUCACAUGUCUAUUCCUGGGCAUCGCCGUGCCGGCUCAUCCGGUGAAGUGCUCUCAGGUGGCCGACAGCAGCAUGACACUGGUGGCAGCGGGUGAGAGCAGGCCGACACGAUCGCCCAACACGGCCGUCCGCUGGCGGAUCGUCAGCAUGGGCCCCAUCACCGGCCUCAGUCUUGUAGUGCCACAGGCGACCAUGACGCCCAUACACGUGGAUGGAGGCCACCCAGUGGCCGCCGUGUCUGGAGACGGCAUCGGAAUUCUCUAUCCGGGAAAACGCGUCGACCUGCUGGUCACAGAACCGGCAGACAUACCGUUGCGGUUGUACAAUGACAUGGACUCAGACCAGAGUGUGAAGGAGGAAGACGAAAAGACACGACCGUUACCGGAAGCCCCUACAGCCGAAAGCACAACGCCGACGGACUGGCCGAUGCAGCAGGCGGACCAAACAUUGGUGGAAUACGCCAAGGUGCAGCUGCUAGCCAAGUUUGGCAACAGGCCGAUGGGAUUCAUGAACCACUCGUCGUGGAACAAGGACCAACUGGUGCCAUUUGUGGCGGGGAGCAGCAGCGGCGCCUGGGUCGACCUGGUGAUCAACAGCCUCGAUGAUGGCGGCCACCCGUUCCGCCUGCACGGCCACGCCAUUUACGUGCUUUUGCGCUACCAGACUAGCAGCCGCGUCUGCUGGUGCUCCUGCAACCCGUUUGACAGGCACAAGACGCCGCCGGAAAGCGUCGACAUGACGGCACCGCUACUCAAGCACACGGUGUUGGUGCCGCAGCGUGGUCACGUGAUGUUGCGGUUCCGUGCCGACAACUGGUUAAUGUUUAGUGACAAGGCAGUGUCCAAAAUGACCGUGUUCUCGAAACUCGCAAGUGCAGCCGCGGUCGUCCUGCCACUGGCGGAGCUUGUGCUGACCGACUCGCUGGCCGACAUUGAGCAUGUGGUGCUGUUCAUACAGCAUGCGUAUGGCUGCGGCCUGACUGCCAGCUCGGUGGCUGGAGUGCGCGGGUUUGCAGACCCGAACGUGCAGGUGGACGGCAGCACGGCGGUAUGGACGCAGCCAAUCAACAACACGACGACGCUCAACCCCAAGGGCUGGAGGGCGAACCAGCAGGCGCUGACGCACGGGGCCAACAACGCAUGGGCGGUGCGCAACACGCUGUACAACUGGGGACACAUCCGCCGCAACGAAAUCCCGACGCAAUCCUCUUCAUCGAGUAAUGGCAGGCAGCUCGAGGCAAGAACGUCACUAUGCCCGAGAUGGGCCCUGGCGCCGCGCCCACAUCGUCCACCUGUGCCCUACAAUGGCUUCGUCAGUGCCGUCUCCCUCGAGGACGUUCCCGCUCUCGCUGAGGAGGGCUACAGAGCUGUCCGCGGCCGCAUCACCGAAAGCUGCUACCUCGUGUUCGAGUCCAGCUCCAGUGUGCUGACUAAUCAUGCCUCCGCCGAGCGAGUCGCUGCCUCGGCUGCCACCGCCAGCCACGAGUCUGUUAGUCAGCGCAGGGCUGUCCACGUGCUCGAGCUUGGCACCAACAGUUUCCAGAUCGGCAGCGCCCUCGAUGGCCGUUGGCUCACGGGUAGCGGCACCCUUGCCAGCGACGCUGCCAGUGCCGGCAACUUUACCGUCUCUUUUGCUGCCGGCCAAGGCUACGGCCUCCAGAACGGCUGUGGCCGUUGGCUGACGGCGGCCGGCAUGGGCGCCCAGGUCUUCUUUGGCCCCGACGUUGCCUACUGGAAGGCGUACAGUGUUACAUACCAUGAUUAG